AUGGCGGCCCAAGUAGGACCUCUGCAGCAGGUCAAGCUGGCCUCUGGCCCUGCGCCAAUUACCGCUGAGCAGCGCUACUGGCGCACCUUCAAGAACCAGCUCGUCAUCCCAUCGCCAACUACCUAUCCCGUCACGCACAUCUCUUCCAACAACGAUUCCUUUGCCGUCACCACCGGCACACGAGUGCAAAUCUUCUCCACGAAAACAAGAAAACUCCUCAAGACUAUCACGCGGUUCAGCGACGUCGCACGCUCCGGUGAGAUCCGUCAGGAUGGCAACGCCCUCGUGGCUGGUGACGACUCGGGCCGCAUGCAAGUCUUCCAGGCAAACACCAGAUCGAUCCUGCGCACCUGGCUCACCCAUAAGCAGCCUGUUUGGGUCACCAAGUUCUCCCCUAGCAAUCAGACGCAUCUCCUUAGUGCCAGCGACGACCGAACCGUGCGACUCUGGGACCUGACCAACAACGACCCGUUGACAACCUUUACGGGCCACCAGGAUUACGUCCGCUCUGCUAGUUAUCUGUCCGGAACCAUGUCGAACAUGAUUGUCUCGGGAAGUUACGACUCGACCGUGAAGAUCUGGGACCCCCGCAUUGGCCACUCGGCGCCAAUCAUGACCUUUAAGCACGCUGCUCCCAUUGAGGCUGUCCUGCCGCUCUCGACGGCCACAACUAUUGCGGCUGCCUCGGGCGAGAACAUCACCAUCUUGGACCUUAUUGCAGCAAAGCCGCUGACUAUUAUUACAAACCACCAAAAGACUGUUACGUCGCUGAGCCUGGCGUCUAAUGGCCAGCGUCUCGUAUCGGGAGGUCUUGACGGCCACGUCAAGGUGUUUGAGACCACCGGCUGGAACGCCGUCAACACAAUCAAGUACCCCUCGCCCAUCCUCUCCGCAAAGGUCAUCGCUACAGGUGAUGAGAACGAUGCUGUCGACCGCCACCUUGCCGUCGGCAUGCAGUCUGGUAUGCUUAGCGUCCGUACUCGCUUGACUGGCCACGAAGCGAACCGCGAGAAGCAGCGCGAGAAGGAAAUGGAAGCUCUCGUCGCAGGCCGAAUUCAGGAACACGACGCCAAGAAGAACAAGCGCAAGCGCCGCAUUGAGGCUUCGUCCCGACUUGACCUCGCCGGCGAGGGCGCCGACGUCACCAUUGCCAAUGACCGCACCGGCAAGAAGAAGGAGCGUGUUUGGCAAGCCGACCUUCGCCACGGCCGCUACGCCGAAGCCCUCGACUACGUCGUCGACCGCACUAAGCCAGACUACUCGCCCAUGAGCGCGCUGACGCUGCUUCUCGCCCUCCGCCACCGCGGUGCGAUGCGCGAUGCCCUUGUCGACCGCAACGAAUUCACCCUGCUGCCUAUUAUCCAGUGGCUCGGCAUCCACGUCUGCGACCCUCAUUACGUUAGCGUCUGUGUGGAAGCGUGUCUGCACGUAACUGAGCUGUACUCUGAGUAUGCCGAUGCUAAUGAGGAUCUGGAGCGCGGAUUCCGCAUGCUACGUCGCAGAGUUGAGCAGGAGACGGAGCGAGCCCAAGUCGCCUUGCUCACGGGCUCUAUGCUUGAGAGCUUGUCUUACGGAGAAACAUAG